AUGUUGAAGCGUGUCAACCUCUCGGCUGCCUACGUGCUGCUCAGCACUAUCGCGCUCAAUGCUCUCGCCUCGCCUACCGAUGCCCUCGGUCCAAGGACGGAGAAUUUUGGCAGUGGAUGGAGAGGUCACAUCAGUGCGAUCAAGGGCAAUGACAGCCCCAAUGAGAGGCGUACUACUUAUGGUGGUAGCGAUGGGGACAUCACUAAUCUUGAAACUGAGGGACGUAUCCACAGACAUUCAGACGCUGCCGUUGAGAAGGUGCAAAACGUUUUGCUGCCUCGUUUCACUAAGAGGGCCGAAGAAGUCCCGCAGAAGACAGAUCAAGGAGAAGAAUCAGAUUCCACCGAAGGUGACGAUUUCGAUCUUUCUCAAAACCUGGCGUACAACCAAACUCAUGUUGUGCGCAAAGGCCCGGAGGGCGAGCCUCAAAAUCAGAGAGGCACCCUCGGCUCGAGCAUCAAUGGUAAGAGUCUGGUGCGAAACCUCUCGAACUCUACACGACCUGUAGGCUGAAAUGCCAUCUUGCCACGCAAUCUCUUUAGGUUUCCUUCACGGCUUCGGCACUGGUCUCGGCGCUGGCAGCGGUAUCAACUGGCAGCGCGGAGCUGUUGGCGGUGAGUCAGGCGAGGAGCAUGGUGAGGCACUCAGUGUUGACAAUAUCUCCGUAUACCAUCAGGUGGUUGGAACGCCGGCAUCGAAAAGUCUGGUGUUGGCUUUGGCGGCGGCUACACUCUCACCCCACACAAUUUUACCUUUGGGCAAGGAAGCCGCUUUGGGCCCAUCAGCAUCAAUAUUAGCUGUAAGUGGCUGGCUGAGAAACAUCACGAUUUGCCCCCUCCCCACGCUCUACAGAGGUGAAUGAGGCUGACGCUCGGCGCGCGAUGUGCCGUCCUGCUUUCAGUCAACAUCACCGACGCCGGCGACAUUCAGCUGCACUUCGAUACCACUUCUCAUGCUCCUCUCGUCUGCAAGAGCAGAGUUGCCCGACCCAACGACGGUGAUACCAAGCAGCCAGAGGUGGUCACCGAGACGGAAACCGGCAACGAGACUCCCGGCCGUCGCGAUGUCGGCACCGGCGACGAAGCUCCAUUAGCUCUUCCUCUCGCCUUCACUUCUUACGACUGCCUUAUCGCUCAACACAAGUACGACGGUGGACCAGAGAAGCAGCUACAGAAGGAGGAGCAGCCUGAAAAGACGAAAACGACGACUCCAAGUGACGAGCCGCAACCGACUGACGACGCUUGA